GGGAGGGGGUGUCCCGUCGGCACCCGCAGACAGCAGGGAGCAGCUGCAGCAAGAGGACCUCUGGUAACAUUCACUGCAUUGCUGAGAGUGACAUAUUACCAUUUAAACUUUAACAAUUCUAGAAUAACAUUGUAUCAACGACAGCUAAAAUGGUUGAUCGCGAGCAACUGGUGCAGAAAGCCAGGCUGGCAGAACAGGCUGAAAGAUAUGAUGAUAUGGCAGCAGCCAUGAAAUCGGUGACAGAGUUGAACGAGGCCUUGUCCAAUGAGGAGAGGAACCUGCUCUCUGUGGCCUAUAAGAACGUGGUAGGGGCGCGACGCUCAUCCUGGCGCGUCAUCUCCAGCAUCGAGCAGAAGACCUCGGCAGAUGGCAACGAGAAGAAGAUCGAGAUGGUGCGUGCGUACCGUGAGAAGAUCGAGAAGGAGCUGGAGACCGUGUGCCAGGACGUGCUGAACCUCCUGGACAACUUCCUGAUCAAGAACUGCAACGAGACGCAGCACGAGAGCAAGGUGUUCUACCUGAAGAUGAAGGGCGACUACUACCGCUACCUGGCCGAGGUGGCCACGGGCGAGAAGAGGGCCGGCGUGGUGGAGUCUUCUGAGAAGUCCUACAGCGAGGCCCAUGAGAUCAGCAAGGAGCACAUGCAGCCCACCCACCCUAUCCGCCUGGGUCUGGCCCUCAACUACUCAGUGUUCUACUACGAGAUCCAGAAUGCACCUGAGCAGGCCUGCCACUUGGCCAAGACCGCCUUCGAUGACGCCAUCGCUGAGCUGGACACCCUGAACGAGGACUCCUACAAAGACUCUACCCUCAUCAUGCAGCUGCUACGAGACAACUUGACACUGUGGACCAGCGACCAGCAGGACGACGAGGGUGGUGAGACCAACAACUAGAGAGUCCCUAAAGAGACCCCCGUGUCCUGUUUCAGCCAAUACACACAACACCCCGCUCCCUCACAAAUCACAACAAAAUAUGAAACCAGUUCUUAGAAAUAAAUGCUUUGGCUGGUGGAACUUUGGCAGCCACUUUUGCCGAUGAUUAUACCACCGCAGCUGCAGUUCUUCAUUUUUACACAAAUUUAAAAAGUGAAGAAAAAAUUGAAAGAGGAGUAGGAGGGGAGAUGAUUUUAGUUUUUAGUAUAGUUAAUACAUUUGCCAAACCACUUGAGAGGAAGAAGGUCUGUAUCUCAAACAGUAGAAUCUGGCUAUUGGGUUGGAAAUGACACCCUCACACUGGCAUAAAGACUGUUCUUAUGGCACUAAAUGAAAUGGAGCUUCUUAUUUAACUGAUGUGGUGAGGGAGGAGGAGCAUUCAAAAUCGUAAGGGGAGAUAGAAGCUUGUGCAAAAAAAAACAAAAAAAAUGGAAUGUCAUCACCUCACAAAAAGAAAGAGUUGCAAAUAGGUUCCAGAGAGGGAGAAAUAAGGAUCAUACCUCUAGCUAGCCACUUCAGACUUUCUAACAUGGAAUCUAAAAGGUGUGCAUCACCCUGUAAUGGUAAUCGUUGUGUGAAAGCAGGUAUCCUCUGUGAUUAUUGAACAUACAUAACCAAUGUUUUGUUCCCAUGAUGUCAGGAAUGUGUUUGUACUCAGUCACACAGGCUAUAUUACUAACUAAGUAGUAAAGACAUAGUCAGUACAGCCCUCUAAUGCACUGCUAUGCUAGACAUACAGAAACAUUAUCAAGCACCUGGUUAUUAUAAUUAUUAUGACUCGCCCCUUACCUAGGUUGUCAAGGGUGCCGUAUUAAUAGAAUAUCAAAAUACGCUAAUACAAAGAAAAUCACUAAAACUACAAAAACAAUUAUCUUGCAGAGGAGAUCAUUUGAUAUUGUAGGACAACAUAAUAUGUUGUCCUAAAUUACAGUAUAUUUAUGUUUACAACAAUCUUGGAUCCAUGAAAUGACAGAGUUGUCUGGAACCAUAUGCUCAGUGGACAAAAUACAGGUUUGAAUCUAAAAGGGAGAAGCUAUACCUGGGCUAUAUGGACAUUCCUGGUGCCCAAAUUGAUGACGGAUGUCACACAGACGAAUGGAUUCGGUUCAGACAGUCAGUUCAGUCAGUCGUCCUGAUGAGCCCUUCCCAGCCAGCUAGUUUAUGCUGGCUAGCUGGCAACAACAGCAGCAUGGCACUAGUUAAAACUUGUAAAAUAAAGUGAUUUUUAUUUCCACAGGCAAGGGAGAAAUAACUUGUCGUAUUGGUCACCAUCUGGAUGUCACCGUAACAUGCCAAUUAGCUAACGUAACGACAAGCCGGUGUGAAUGACCAGUGCAACGGUGUUGUAUCGAGGUACUUCCAAGUUCCCACUGUUGCUUCCCACUGGGCAACUGUAACAUAUGUCGCUGGCGGUAGCUAUGUGGCCAAUUUGUUCCAUCCCACUUCUAUACUAUAUAAUAAUAAUAAUAUAUAUAAUAUAAAUAAUAUAUAAUAUAAUACACUAUAUUUAGAGUAGGAUAGCAGCCUACACGAGAAAUUACUUGUAAUAUUGGUAGUAUAGUAACCAUCUGUAUGUCGCCGGGAUACAGUCUACUGCUCAAUGGGGAGAGUUUGCACUGCAAGCCGGCAACACAACAACAUGGGCCACAGUGUGUUCUUCAUCCGGCUUCCUGAGCACUGCUGUCCUGCAGUAAGGAGAGGGAAGUAGCUAGUUAGUUUAGCCAAUAUCAGGCCGGGGUGACAGCUAAAUCACAGUUCUUGUAGUGAUUUUCGCCGAAAGAUUCUGAACACUCUCAAGUCCCAGCUUCGGCAGACAAGUUUAAAAUUCUUGCUGAAGUUUCUAGCCACAAGCAUAAACUAGCUAGCUGGGGAAGGCUCUUUAGGACGACUGACGGAAAUGACUGAACCGAAUCCGUUUGUCCCCACUCAACUCUCGCUGCGUGACAUAUGUCAUCAGUUUUGGGCACCAGGAAUGUCUGUAUAGCCUCUCCCAAUCUAAAAGCAUAUUUGAGGUUUGUGGAUUUUCUUUUUGUGUUAACUUUUUUAAUUGUCAAGAAAUGCACUUGCCUAUUAUACUGUUUCUUUAGUGUAAGACGAUAACUGCUCCAAUAUUCUCGAUAAUACAAUAUUGUGCAUGCUGGUGAUGUAUUUAUAUACAAUAGCUUGACUUUAUUAUUAUUAACUUAUACUGUAGAUGUUAUGUAUUCAUAUGAACAUGAAAUGACUAGACUGCAAUCUGAUUCAUUUUCUAUUUAUACUUUAUAUUGGAUUGUUUAAUUAUUUUUUUUAAUCUGUGUUUUCUUUACUCCAUUUGCUGAAAGUACGCUAUACCAAAACAAUGAUUGUUAACAAUAAAUUGAUCUGUAAUGGACAUUGCUAUAGUGACAUGCAAUUCUUGUGUUUGUUUUUUUGCAUAACAAAAGGGGAAUAAAAGAUGAGAAAAACAA